CGAAGUCCCAUUGACCGAAACAUGGCAGACGACCAUGAUGAGCGCUUGGAGCCGCCAGCCAGAUCAAGCAUCGACGACCCAGGAGCACACGACUUGGAAUCGUCAGAUUCCGAGGACCACUUCUCGGACGCUCAGUCUGGCCUGGAGCCAACAUCCACGGACGACACCCCUGUUCCUGCGGUAAAAGUCCCCCAUACUCGAGUUGAGAAGGUGGACGACGAGGCCAGCUAUGGAGAAGAACCUGGAACCGAGGCCUACCGUCUGCGAGAGCAGGACGCUGCACCUGAUGAGAUAGCAAUUGUUCCUGAGCACACGACACCAAGGAUUAGCACACCUAUCAGCAAGCCUUCUACACCUCCCGGAGGGCAGCCUAUUCCAUUGAUGAUAGUUGAGAAGGUCGACCCCUCGUCUCCGAGCCAUGGAGAGGUCCCGGGGACUUUGGCGCACGAUAUGCGUGCCGCAGAUGCUGUGCCAGAUCUUGUUGUGAGAUCUGGAGAACGCAGCCGCUCUUCAAGCACCCGCUCUCGAGCAGGUAGCACCCCUGGAGACCUCCCGAUUCCCAUUACAAAGGUAGAAAAGAUAGACUCUAGCCCUCGACACGGAGAAGUUCCAGGGACAAAGGCCUACGAGUUGAGGAGAGGAGAUGCGGAGCCAGAUAUUGUGGAGGAAGUGGGCGAGACACCAGGGUCGCCAACGUCUCCUGGUGCUAGGUCCCCAAUUAUAAACCACGCGAGGCGGAAGUCUUCUGCGGCUGGAAGGAAGGGGCCGACACCUGUCACUACAGACGAAUAUAACGAGGAUGAGGAUGGGUCGGAUGGUGGAUUUGGCGACGAUUUCGAUGAUUUUGAAGAAGGGGAGGAUGCAGAGUUCGGUGAUUUUGAUGAUGGUUUCCAGGAGGCGGCACCUGCUCCCCCUCCACCACAGUCUAUACCAAUAACACCUUCAUUUCCCGUCCUUGAUUUCGCAGAACUCGACUCCCCGGAAGAUAUACAAGCUGCAACUGAGAAGUAUAUGAACGCUCUUUUCCCGUCAGACUCAAUUCAUACAUCUGUCCUACCACCACUUUCAGCCGAGAACUCCAUUUUCUUAACACCUAGAAGCGCUUCUCUAUGGUCACAACUCGUGGCUCCUCCACCACUACAACCACCAAACUGGAUCCGGUCUCGAAUCAGGAGGUUAUUCCUUGUCUCACUCGGGGUGCCAGUCGACCUCGACGAGAUUCUCCCAGCUUCCAAGCAGAAGAAGCUCAUUCUUCCAUCCAUGAACCUCAACCCAGCCUCUGGCUCACCCAGAAACUCGACCGAGUCCCGCCCGAUAUCUCGUCUCAAGCAAGGCGAAGGAAACGCUUCCUCCACGUCCGUCGACUCGCAAGGCAAGCCAUCUCGAUCAGACUCACGGCGGAGGAAAGGACCACCUCCGGCUCCACAACUCGACCUCAUAUCAGCAAGGCAGCUUUGCAGCUUCACGGAUGAGGCAUUAGAAGGUCUCACAUUGGAAGAGCUGAAAGCCCACGUCAAGAAGUUGGAGGAUAUGCAGGGGACCGCCAAGGAAGUGUUAGAAUACUGGACUAAAAGGACGGAUGAGAAGUUGGGCGAUAGGGAGGCCUUUGAGGGUGUAAUUGAGAAUCUGGUGAAGCAUGCUAGAAAAGUACGGAAGUGACAUGGAGCUGUGUGUAGCAGGAGUAGGCUAUGAGCCGCGAAGCACGAGACAACGACGAGCGUCACCUAUCACCAACGUAUUUUAGUGGAGAGAUGUCAAAUUCCAAAGUCCACUUUCUCAGCGAGUGAACGAUGAGUGCUCUAUUCGAGUUGAAAAGACUUUCAUCGUCGUCUACCGUAUAUCAACAAGUCAGCCUGAGAAUUAUCACUUUAUAAAGCACCCUCUCUUCUUUGAUUGUUGGAAAGCUGACCAUGACAUGGCCAGCCUACAGGUGCUUUGGGACUACAGUUAAUGGAGGGUCAUUCGUACCAACUUAUUGUUGGCCACACGUCUUGCAUCAUUCUCACCCUCGAACUGAAAGAGAUUGGAUCUUAAUGGGGCUGGAUGGUUGGAGGGCUGGACAGUUCAGUACCUUUAAAGUAAAGCAAGCCUGUCAUCCGGAAAUAGUGAACAAAUUCGGCAAAGAAGCGAAGAAGAUGCCAUCAUUGGAAACUCCAAAGGUACUGGAAUGGCAGGAGUAGAAGGGGAAACAAGCCUAUCACUCAAAUUAUUCUAGGGUUGUAUUACUUAUAAUAGGUGCAGAAUGAGUCUCUUUUAACAACAUCUGGUGUGAGUUGGGGUUCUGGGUAUACAGUA